CAAGUACAACUCGUCAUGUCCAAGCCUCCAACACCAAGAUGCCAGUCUGUACAGCCACACCGGUCAGUGUGGGGAUACCUUGUCCGUAAUCAGCCAUUCACUAGCCGACGACAAUGUGCUGGCUCCCUACGAGAGAUAUAGAUGGCAGGAUCGGACCGUGAACAUCUGUUCAUUUCUGCCUCCACCUCUUCCAAUGACUGCCCCUUUCCCCUCCACAGAAGACCACAUCUACUACAUCGCAAACAGCAUUGCCCAGUACUACAUCGAACGCACCAACUGGAGCACAUGGCAUUUCUGGGACUACUACCGGCGACUCCCCCUCCUCCGCGAUGAAGCGACGGGCACGGAGCGCGCCCAGGCCGUCAGCGCCGCGCAGAGCUGGUGUGCAACGGCACCGUACGGAUCCUGCGUAGAUAUUGCCCUGCAAACCACGACGGCCUUACGACACGCACUGUACCGCGUACCUGAACUCCAGCACUACGCAAGCCAUGUCCGGACCCUUGCGCGAGCAGGCUCUGCCAAUCAAAACGACCUGACGCACUGCAUAACGGCUCUCUUGGCGAACUCCUUCUGCGUCGUGAUCGACUUCAGCUGCAACCACGAGGCUAUGAUGAUCCCGCUGGGCGGGUCCGUCACCUCCAUGCCCUACCACAACAUGCACGGCGACGAGUUCAGAGACCAAUUGAGAUACCUCGAGCUCCCCGGCGGCGCGCGAACCAUCCAGCGCGUGCCAGCGAAUCCACGCGACGCGACCUUCUUCCACGAACACGACGAAGCCUCGCUAAUCCACAUGAUCAACGUUCGCUUGGCCAACGAGCUCGAAAACGCCCCCGGCGACAUCCCUGUCCCCAAAACCAAAAGCGUAAAAUUCCAGACUUAUCUCGAUGAGCCGCCUCGAUAUAUCCCGUGGGUACAAUUCAAUGGACGACCGUUCGCAACGACUCUCCGCAUGAAAAUCGACUUCGCCAAUCGCAAAGUGCUCAUGCAGGUUCCCUACAGAGACUGGCUGCGCUUGGAAGAGAACCGCUAUUUACUCCAAGAAGCUCGAAACGUCGGUAUCUUCGAAAGAGUCAACAACGCCGCGUGUAACCUCGUUGUAUUCCUUACUCGUCCUCGACACCGAAGCCCUAUACGACAACAACUCGACGUCAUGGCGAGAAUCGGAGUCGAGCAUGAUUUAGACGAGGACCAGCUGCUUAGGAUGGUCGAUUCCAUCUACGAGGAACGCGGCCCUCCUUGA